ACGUGAUUGAACUGCGUGGGUGCUUGAGAAUGUUAUAAUUAAGUGAGUUUCCUUUGACAGUGGAAUAAUUUUUAUAUCCCAGCGAUUUAUACGCGUUAACUUGUGCUCCCUUCAGCCUUCGGGCUACUUGUUAACUUGUAUCGCACAGUAUUUCUUCACCGUAAAAUAAUUUUACGGUGAGUUGUUGCAAGUGGUCUCAUGUUGGAAAGCUGCUGCCCACAAGUAUACAGCACUCCAGUGACUCUACCUUUGUGAGUACGCGACUACUUAUUCUGCAGUUCCAAGAGCCCAGCAUAUAUCAGGCGAAUAUUCGCAGCCCGCUUGAGCUGGGCGUAGGAAAAAAGCAUGCGGUGAAGGGGUGAGUUGCAGGGAUAGUCGAAAAAGGCCAGAAAAGGGGUUGCUGUGCAACACGGCCAGCCAUCAGGGGCUGGCAGUCGCCGAGCGCCAGCAGGUAAGUAGUUUAAUUCAAAUUAAUCGAUGGAUUUCUGCUUGAGCCUUGUAACCCUUGCUCCUCCUGUGGCGAGCAACGGCAGGAAAAAAUAUACUUAAUACUCGGCAAACAGCUUUAAUACUGAACCAAAACUGAAACACUAUUACUCUGAUGGAGCUCAUACACAUGAUCGCUGUAUCUAUAUAUAUUCCCAAAUAAGGGGCGGAAACAGAGAUACAACAGAGAUACAGGCGGAAACAGAGAUACUGGAGCAAACAUAGAGGCGUAUCAUACAAGUGCAAGGGGAGGGACGAUUCCCUUCACACCCCCUCUGAAUCCCGGAGAUUAAGUCUAGCGCCGGACCACUCCCUACGUUGCAACAGUUACGAGCAGGCGCCAUCCGAGGGAAACCGAGAAACGACUGAAAAAUGCACCGAGGGGGGAAUCGAAACCCCGGCUACGUCCUAAGAUCCGCGUAGGCAGUACCACUGCACCAAAGCGCAUAGUGUUGACAAUCCUUGAAAGACCUUUUCGCUCGGUAGCACGACAGGAGUACCUUCGGAUAUUUGCGAAUGCUUGGGCAGUGCCACUGUCCAGUGGCCAGCAUGGACGGGACAGGUUUGCCACCCUUUGGACGCGUGCUGCGUGUGGCUGACGGGUUCGGCUACCACAAUACGGUAGCUGUACUGAGCCCGGACGGUUCGUGGUGGUUAGGAUACAUUCAAGAUAUCGCUGUAGACGGUAGGCACGUCUACGUUGCUUUCGCCUCCCCACAGGCAGCGGCGGGUUGGCUUCCAACUGACGCCGUUUGGAUCCUGUCCUUGCUUUCCGACAGCACGUCGCUGAUGAAUUUCGGAGAAACGGUCCAAUGGACGAACAUGGAGAUGCAGGUGUGGGUGGCGCUGCGCGACCAUGUGAACGGACCGUUCCGGUUUCGGCCGGCAAUUCUGCUGGAUUAUCGUCGUAGCUGCGGUUUGUGUUGUAUAAGUACGCAGACGGAUGGAGUGAGCAGCGCUUCGGUGCAAGUGGUGGACUGCUGUCAGAUCGUCGCAUAACUGCCGCCGGCUGCAUUUCCUGUCCAAGGUCGAAGCAAUGCCUUGACGUACACCAAACACGUUAUUCCUUUUCCGCAUGCAGCGUCCCUUCUCCAAGAGAGAGCAGACAUAGCGCGCAUUAUCACACAGUUCCGCGACGCUUAUUACCGGCACUUGAAAGUCUAUAUAACCGAUGUACUAACCGACGGUUGUCGGUUUCACUUGCAAACUGGACCAAACACGUGCACGUUUAUCGUCAUAAACCUUACCACGGAGGUCGUCACCGAGGCCGAAAUGACUGCUUCUUUAUACGAGGUCCUGAAGAAUCAUUUGACGAACCGGAUUGGCCUCUCUGUCCAGCACGUAUACCAACACGGUAUUCGUAAUGGACCGUGUGUCAACCGUGCAGAAAGCGGUGAGAUGUGCCCGGACGCUUGUAUUUGUCACCUUUCGCAUGUGAUCUUGUUGGAAAUAUUUGCAAAUUUGGACCUUCAGAAUCAGAUGCGGACUAAACGGGUGUGCUCGUUGUGGCAGGCGUUGUUAAGCGCUCCCUGGACUAAUAACCAGCACAUCACCAUACGGUACGGGGGUUGUGCCUGCCGACAGGUCUUCAACGAUACUUGUUACACCGUGGCUAUCCUGUUGAAUCGCAGCGUCAACGCGGCCACCAAGAGUCUCGCCCUCACUGGCUGCGGCACCGCUAACCACCUCCACGUUGUAGAACACUGGCUCAGCCUGACCAAGCUGCAACUGCAGUGGGUCGUGCUCAGCGGCGCCCGUUUCGCCUGUUCUGCUCGACCGUACCACGAAUGCGCCUGGAGGAAACAUUCUGGUUUUAAGCAGGAGCAAUGCUGGUUGAAACACGGCAUCAUGCACCGUCUGCGCCCAUUCAAAGGUCACUGUCACACCCUCAUCGUGCACAAUUGGACGGUAGCCAGACUGUUCUACGAUGCGCUCUGGGCCAUAUUUUAUACGUUUGGGGAACACUACAACAGCACGCCGUUUCCGGCAUCGGAGCGGCGCCGCAUGCUGUCGAACGCCACGGAUUUCCCGGACGGCAUCUGGCAAGUGGCGCUGCGCCGGGUCGUCCUGCCCUGCGACAGCGCUGACGGCUGGCACGGCCUCAUCAGCCGCCUGAUGUGCGCGCUGGACGCCGCGUUGCCGCCGGUGGACGACCAGGUGUACGACACCGUAAGCGCUGUCCAUGGGCGGUGGCUGCACAGCCUGGCCUAUCCCGAGGAAUGGCAAACAAUUCGCCAUCUCUUGUCCGUAUUCAGCGGCUUCCAGGCGGAUGGGUCACCGCUGCGCUGGGACGAGACUGAUUUGCGCCAGUUGGAUGUUCGCCAACUAAGUAGGAUGGCUCUGCUAGCCAUCAGCCAGGUCUUUGCGGCGCGCUGAAUGCCUUCCAGCGACUUUUGCUCCGUGCUGCAGUUUUACUUACGCCCGAGAAUUUAGCAGAAUUUUGAAAGAAGCAACUUUGUGACGACUGAUCUCCUCACGAUGCUAACCGAAAAGAAAGGUCACGACCAUGUUAGGUGGACAAUUACGGCAGGCUGGAUGAUCGGGACGGUGCAGCGGACGGGGAAGAGCGGCAUGCUGCCGGCCAACUACGUCACGCCCGUCAGUUAACCUAACAGUAAAGGGUCAAUGGACGCCGCGGCGGAAGGACUUGGUUUCCCGGCCGCCUCCCUCAGUCUGCUAUUCGUGUUUCUUGGAUGUUAAUUGUGUUUGUACUUAAUCUCUCUUCUUCGCCUUCAACUUGACAUUGCUCCGGACGCAUUUUGUUUCUGCUGCCACUUGUACAGACCUUUACUUGAUCGGUUUUUAGCUGUUUUUAUCAGUUCGGUUUUAAGGAUACAUUAGGUUAGGUCUUAGGAUGCAUGUAUUCGCUGUUCUAUUCUUCCAGAGUUUUAUCCUGGCGAGAGCUGGCUUUUAUUAGCUGUACUGUUUUACAGACGGCUUUUUCUGCCUUCUCGAUGCCCGUGUAUCUGUGGAUAGUUACAGCGGGCUGGUUAAACAAUCUGUUUUGCUUGUGAAUCUGAUCCGUGUUUAGAUCUCUUCUGCCUAGUGCUGGAUUUCUCUUUUAUGCCCUUUGCAUCAUGACACCGGCAGCCACUAAUAAAAAU